GUGUGUGCGCCGCUGGGCGAGUCUUCGCCGCGUCUGUCUCCGUUGCUCCCCAUUUUCCGAGAAAAGGAGAGGAGAAUUAGCUCCGGGAGGAGGGCCGCCGCCAUUAUUGGGAAGCUGGGGAAAAAACACUUUCACACACACGCAAUCUCUUGUUAAAAUGAUAAGGACGUUACCAAUUUAUUGCACGAAGCCAGUUUAGAAUAAACCUUGUAUGGCAAUUGCAGCAACCUCGACUGGUGUCCCGUGCAUGAUCGAUCCAGCAUACUGUUGGCACAACAAUGGACAUAAUCAUUGGUCAAAAGCAACGUGGUGAACCAAGGAGAAGACGGUGAAACAAGCUUAUUCUCCGAGGAGAGAAAAAAAACAGGAAGAUCAUUGUUUUUACGUUAGUAGUUUUAUUAUCACAAAGACAACGAAAAUGCGGCGAGGGCUGCGGCAAGCGCUGGCCUGACAGAUUCAGGGAGAAUGCGAUGGCUCAUAGCUACAUUAAGAAUGACUGAGAGAAGCCUCUGCCUUUGCUACACCCCUACACUGCUGUUGAUAAAACAUGAAGCACACUAGAGGAAACACCAACUAAUCUCCCACUCACAUCCAGGUGUACUCUUCUAUCGAGUCCCUGAAUAUGGCAGGAUGAGUGUCAGCAGACGAUAAUGAUGGCGAAAAAGCAGGAUGCGAAGUCACCCACAUACAACCUUAUAGUUGUGGGUUUGUCAGGGACGGAGAAAGAGAAGGGCCAGUGUGGAGUGGGGAAGUCCUGCCUGUGCAACCGCUUUGUGCGCCCCAGUGCUGAUGACUUCUAUCUGGACCACACGUCAGUGCUGAGCACCAGCGACUUUGGGGGCAGAGUGGUUAACAAUGACCACUUCCUGUUCUGGGGGGAGGUGGGGCGGGUGGUGGAGGAGGGGCCGGAGUGCAGGAUGCAUGUGGUGGAGCAGACUGAGUUCAUUGAUGACCAGACGUUCCAGCCACACCGCAGCACUGCCAUGCAGCCCUACAUCAAGAGGGCGGCCUCCACCAAGCUGGCCUCUGCAGAGAAGCUUAUGUACUUCUGCACGGACCAGCUGGGGCUGGAGCAGGACUUUGAGCAGAAGCAGAUGCCUGAGGGCAAGAUACAGGCUGACGGGUUCAUGCUCUGUAUGGAUGUCAGUAGGGGGAUGAACCGCAACUUUGACGACCAGUUGAAGUUUGUCACAAACCUUUAUGGUCAUCUGAGCAAAACAAAGAAGCCCAUUGUGCUGGUCUUAACCAAGUGUGAUGAGGGGGUUGAACGCUACAUCAAAGAUUCUCACACCUUUGCCAUCACUAAAAAGAGUCUUCCAGUAGUGGAGACAUCUGCACGCUCUAACAUCAAUGUUGACCUAGCCUUCAUUGCUUUGGUGCAACUCAUUGAUAAGAGCAGGGGCAAGCCCAAGAUCAUUCCUUACUUUGAAGCCCUCAAGCUCCAGAGUCAGCAGAUAGCCCUGGCUAAAGACCGAUACGAAUGGCUAGUCAACCGCAUAGUGAAGAACCACAACGAGACCUGGCUUAACACCAGCCGACGCAUGCACAGCUCCUCAGAGUUCAAGGAAUACGUCUUUCUAGAGGGUACAGCAAAAUGCAAGAAGCUCUUCCAGCAGCAUGUGUACCGCCUGAAACAGGAGCACAUUGAGAGACGUCGGAAAAUCUAUCUGAGCACUCUUCCUCUAGCACUUAGCUCCCUGGUGCCUGACCUGGAUGAGAUCGACCAGCUGAGCUGGUCUGGGGUUCAGAAGGUCCUGGAGUCCAAGCAGCACUUUGCCCACUGGUUUGUGGUUCUGGAGGACUCUCCAUGGGAGGACACGUCUCACAUAGACAACAUGGAGGAUGAGCGCAUCCCCUCAGACCUGUUGGAGACGGCCCCAGCCGAGGACAUUUUCAACGCCCACCUGGAGCACCUGAGGAAUGAGUGCAAGCGGGCCGAGAUGAGGCAGGAGUUCAAGCACAAGCUGGCCUGUUCUCCCUUUGUCACGCCUGGCAAGCCCUGGGAAGAGGCCCGCAGCUUCAUCAUGAACGAAGACUUCUACCAAUGGUUGGAGGAAUCAGAGUACCUGGAUCUCUACAACCGCCACCAGAAAGAGAUCAUCGGCCACGCUAAAGAGGACUUCCAGGAGCUGCUGCUGGAGUACUCUGAGCUCUUCUAUGAGCUGGAGGUGGAUGCCAAGCCCAGCAAGGAGAAGAUGGGGGCCAUCCAGGAGGUUUUAGGGGAGGAGCAGAGGUUCAAGACCCUGCAGAAGCUUCCAGCUGAGAGAGAUGCUCUGGUGUUGAAGCAUAUCCACUUUGUCUACCACCCAACCAAGGAGACCUGUCCCAGCAGCCCACAGUGUGGAGACUUCAAGAUAGAGCAGCUCUUGGCCUCACGUUUCCCAACAUGCUACCCAUUCUUCAAUGUGAAGUCCCAUUUUGGGGAUAUUAAAGCUGACCGAAUCAACCUUGUGAUAUUGGGCAAAGACGGACUGGCCAGGGAGUUUGCCAAUGAGAUCAGGACUCUGUGUACCAAUGACGACCGGUAUGUGCUGGAUGGGAAAAUGUAUGAGCUGACCCUGCGACCUAUCGAGGGAAACGUACGACUUCCUGUAAAUUCCUUUCACACUCCCACUUUCACACCCCAUGGAUGCCUGUGUCUGUACAACUCAAAAGAGUCCCUAACUUACGUCGUAGAAAGCAUUGAAAGGUUGCGGGAGUCAACUAUAGGUAGAAGGGAUAGCCAUAUAGCUCAGCUUUUAACAUCUCUGCUCUUGGUUACUAAAAGGGGAGUAGGGACAUAUGCAGAUAUUGGGGGAGAAACUGCCUUAGGCCUAAUAAAACAGGGACAGCAGGUAGCAAGGAGACUGCAGUGUAGCUUCCUAGACCCAGCCUCUCCUGGUGUGGGCUAUGGGCACAAUGUGAAUGACAGUCAGAUCAAUCAAGUAUUGAGGGGUCUCCUGGACUCUAGGAGGAGCUCAUCUUUUAGUAGCAGCUCCCCACCUCUGCCCCCUAAACCUCCAGGCCCAAGAGACUCUCCUCACCAGCCCAGCCCAGAGGCAGACAUCCGCAUCGUCAUGUGCUUGAUGUGUGGAGACAAUUACGACGUGGAACAGCUCCUCUCUCCCUUCCUACUGCCUCAGCACUGCAGGCCAACAUCCAAUAGUGGGACCUCAGUGAUACUGGAGCAGACAGUGGGGCCUCACAAACAGGUGAUUGAGCUCUCCCUUCUUUCCUACCACGCCUCCUUCUCCCUGAGGAAGAGCAGAUUAGUGCAUGGAUAUAUUGCUGUGUACUCAGCCCGCCGCAAGGCCUCCCUGGAGACUCUAUGUGCCUUCCUGUGUGAGAUCCAGGACAUCAUCCCUGUUCAGCUGCUGGCAGUAGGGGAGAGCCAGGUGGAGCUCACAGAAAGUGAGUCUGCCAGAGAGCAGCUAAUCCAGGGAGAGGAGCUGGCCCAAGAGAUAGAAGGCAGGUUCAACAGUGUGGUGUGUGGGUCUGGAGGGGUGGUGGGCGGCCUGCACAGGAUAGAGAUGUUCCAGCACUUCCUGAUGGAGGUGGUGGAGAAACGCAACAUAGUGGAGGCAACACACAUGUAUGAUAACGUAGCUGAGGCCUGCACUAAUGACACUGCCUACUCCCCUCGCUGUAGCUCACCCAGCCCUGGCAACAUGUUCCUAGACUCUGAUGUGGAUGACGUGGAGCCCUCCCCACCCUACUUCGAUGGCACACUCACCUCCCAUGGCGGGGGCUUCAACCUGCCUGACCUGGACUCCAGCGAUGUCUCUGUCAUCUCUGACAUCAGCUCCUUUGAGAACAAACUCAACAGCAAGGUCCCUCCCCAGGUGAGGCCCAAGCCCACUGUGACCUUUGACUUCCGGAAGGUGGGCCGAAACCCCUACAACACGGAUACCAUGGGCCACCGUCGCUCCCUGCCCUCUACUGUGACAUGGGUACCAGGUGGGGACGGAGGUUACGACCCCUCAGACUAUGCAGAGCCUAUGGAUGCUGUGUCCAAGCCCCGGCCCAGCAAUGAGGAGAUCAUCUACUCUGUGCCCCAUGACAGCACGCAGGGCAAGAUAAUCACCAUCCGCAACGCCAACAGGAUGCACUCAAAUGGGAACGGCUCGGACAGUGAGGCUGACAGCAGUUCCCUGGAGCGCUGCAGGAAGUUCUCGGCGGCGGGGGUGAAGCCCCGGCUGUACCGUGACCGUUCCAAACGCCUGGGGAAGUUCAGCAGCUUUCGCACCAGCUUCAUUGGCAGCGACGACGAGAUGGGGGCCCUGCCAAAGACCAAGGAGGAUGAGUUUGGAACCCUGAAAGGAGACAUCAUCAAUGAGGAGGGAGAGGACCCCAAGAAGAGGAACAUUCUGAAGAGCCUACGGCGAACUGCCAAGAAAACCAGACCAAAGCCUCGGCCCUCUAUUCCCAAGCCCCUGGAGAGCAACUACUUUGGGGUACCCCUGGUCAAUGUGGUGUUCCCAGACAGACCUAUCCCACUUUUUAUUGACAAGUGUGUCCACUUCAUUGAGACCACAGGCCUCAACACAGAGGGGCUGUACAGGGUGAGCGGGAACAAGUGUGAGAUGGAGAGCAUGCAGAGGCAGUUUGACCAGGACCAUGGGCUGGACCUAGUGGAGAAGGACUUUGCCAUCAACACAGUGGCUGGGGCUCUGAAGGCCUUCUUCUCUGAGCUGCCAGAGCCGUUGGUGCCCUGCAUUCUGCAGGUGGAGCUGCUCGAGGCCUUCAAAAUCAAUGACAGGGAACAAAGGCUCUACACCAUGAAGGAUGUGCUGAGGAAGUUCCCCAGGGAGAACUAUGACGUUUUCAGAUUUGUCAUGAGCCACUUACACAAGGUGAGCCAGCUGAGCAGACAGAACCUGAUGACCAGUGAGAAUCUGUCCAUCUGUUUCUGGCCCACUCUGAUGCGGCCAGACUUCACCACCAUGGACGCCCUGACGGCCACGCGGACUUACCAGACAAUCAUCGAGACCUUCAUCCACCAGUGUGCUUUCUUCUUCUACAACCAGCCCCUCCUGGACUCCCCCACUGGCCUGGCUGGCCUCCCUGCCUCCCCCACCACCACCCUCACCGGUGGCUCUACCUAUUCCUGCUACCGCUCCUCCCCUCCCCCCACCACCACGCAAUUCAGCCCCCUGCAGCAGUCACCCCCCACCACCCCCCAGUCACCCCUGCAGUCCCUCCUCCCCCCCCUCCACCAACACCCCCACUGCGCCCCCACCGAGCAAGAGACACUGUGAAAGACACUGAGAAGGGAGCACACGCCGUACCCCUGAUCUCAUGAUGCUGAACCUCCGUCACUUACACACACACACAAACACACACACCAACGCACACACUGACACUACCUUGUUUGGUCAUUGAUAAUAACAUAGAUAAAGAGAGAGAGGAGACGAGGAGCGCUUGACAAGCAAACUACUAGCAUCCAGCUGACCUGUCACCUGUGUGCCAGUGCAGAUCCCAAUGCUGACUCUUCCCCUCCACCCCCUAUAGCCCCCGAUAACCUGGAAUGUGACUCUAGGACUCACCAACAGGAGGCCCAGGGGAAAGAACAGAGUGGGUUUCAUUGUUACAGUAAGACUCUCUCUGCCAACCAACCAUUUUAACCCUAAUGAUACACUAUAAUGAAAAUGUCCAAGCCUCCAUGUCAAGUUGGAAGAUAUGAUUUGUGCCCAUAGCUAUGAUGUUAUUAUAAUAAUUUGACAUCUGUUUUUUUCUGUUUGUUAAUGAAAGUAGCCACUGGAUAUGUGGACUGUGCUCUGAAGGCUGUUGGCACUAACGUGCCACACUGCUGUUUGGGGAGCCUACCUCUCUGCCUGAAGGACCCCUGCUAUGUGGUUGGGGGGGUUCAGUGGGGAUGGGGGGGGACAUCCAAGGAUGCACUUUAAUGGUCAGAGUGUUUUUGUUUAAAAAAAUGUAUCCCAAAAGGGUGUUGUUGGGCCAGAAUGUUUUAGUGUGAUGAGUUCCCAGCUCAAUCAGCCAUACCCAUUGCCUCUCUGAAGGGGCCUUGGCAGAUCAAAAUGUUGUUUACAUCCAUACCCUUGUAUUUGUAUCCACAUACUUAUCUGAAGCACUUUUAAACUCUAGUGUGAAGUUCCAUGAAAUACAACCUUGACCAGUUGACUUUGUUUUAAUGGCUGGGUGGAUGUGGCAGUAGUAGAGAGGGACUCCUUAACAUGACCCUGUCAAUUGACUUUGUUUUAAUGGCUGGGUGGGUGUGGCAGGAGUAGAGAGGGACUCCUUAACAUGACCCUGUCAUAAAGUUAUUUUAGAUGAUUCAGGGCUCACUUUAUAACCCCAUGGAAAACCAAACCAUAAUACUGAUUACACAUUCCUCUUUCAUCUUAGUCAAGACAGAAAUAGUUUGUUCUGGUAAUGCAGGUUUGAAUAGCAUGCAGUUCCUCCUCUCUUUUUCGAACUGCUGUUGCUUUACUAAUGGUUGUGAAUAUGGAAGUCGCCUGGUGUUGUUUAGGCAAGUAAGUUUGAGCCAGGGUCAGUUAAUCAGGCCCUUUAGGAUCCAGGAGAGGAAUGCUCUUGCUUAAGAUGACCUCAGGUCCACUCCAUCAGUUAGGGUUUGAUGAUGGAACAUUAUGGGAAUUACUGACAGAAACUUCAGACAGUAGCAUAAUGAGGGAGAGGUUAGAGAGACACUAGUUAUACCAGACAAGUCCUCUAUGUACUGUCUUUGUUCCACUGUGUUAUCUGGUGGCCAUGGAAACCACUGCCCUAUUGCAAAAUGAUGCCGGAUAUGUUGCUAUGGGUGUCUAGCCAGUUGAACUCUUUGUACUCAUCUAAUAUUAAGGACCUUAAACUGAGGUAAGGUGUGCAUACAGAAAACACUACCACGGCAACGAACUACAGUACAGUAAUAACAGUAUAGUAUAUCCUAUAGAGAUGUAUGGACUCAUGCCCAGGAAUGUCAACAAAGCAUAGAGUAACUAUCUCCAGUGUUCUAUGGGAUUUAUGUUGGUGUUUAACUGUCCUCUCUCUUGUUGAAAAAAAAAACAAGUAGUCAAGGUAAAGUAGUUUAAUGAAUAUUCCUGGUAUAUUCUGUAUUCUUCUACCAAUAUAAGAUAAAAGCAUUGCCACAGGCACCUUUUGGGGUUGACUGAGGAUUGGCCAGGAGGCAUGGCGGUACUCUGUCGGCCAUGUUGGAUUGUUCUCAUGCUGCCUGCUCAGAACAGAUCAGUCAAAACUAUUGGUUGUAUUGAGGGUCAACUCUACUCAAUACUUGGGAUCACUCACUGGUACUUAUCCUCUGUGUUUUCAUGCUGUGGGAGGCAGUUGUCUCUGUGAUCAAUAUACUAAUGCUGCAGUGACUCCUCACCCAGUACAGUAUAUUAUUACCACACACACACAACAGAUCAGAUGGGAGAUGGAUAGGAAAAACAAAUUGUCCCAUUAGAAUGUGACUUUGGCUCAAAGGAUUAAUGUGGCUGCAUCACAUAAUUUCUGACACAACUUUGACAGAUCUGCAGUUCAUUGAAGAAAAAAAGGCAAGAGCAUACUAUAGUAAAAUGGUUGUUUAUUUGUAUGUUAGGGGGUCUAACAGUUUGCCCUUUAGUCAAUGGUAGAAUUUUUUUUUAGUGUGCAUUUCAAUGAUUUGAAAGAAAAAAAUUACAAUUUUGUGAAUGGUUUAAGGCCACUUCAGUUUAGUGCAUGAUUUAACAACACACCAAGGGAGAAGGUUCAACAACUCAUUAUUUUAAAACAUGAAAGUGUGACAACAAAAUAAUACAAAAGUGAAAUAGCAAGUGAAAGAUGAAGUACUGUUCAUCAACAGCAAACCAGGGGAUUUGUCUGACUGAGAAUGGUGUAUGACGAUGAAGGCCUUAUGUGAUCUGUAUAAUAGUGAAUAAAUUCAAUCUUGUAAAAUUGC